GUUUUGCCAAAGUAGCGGUACUUGUCUCAUCGCACUCACUGCGGCCACCACCACCAACAUCCCGUCGGCCCCUUUUCUCUGUCUCUCAGCACGCUAAAAUGGAGGAGGAGAAGAGAGAGACUCAAAACCAACCAGCAGAAGAAGAGGACCAAAUAGUCAACCCAUGGGAAGUCGCCGCCAAAGACGGCGGCAAGAUUGAUUACGACAAACUUAUCGACAAAUUCGGCUGUCAAAGACUCGACCAAACACUAAUUGACCGUGUCCACCGCCUCACCGGUCGCCCUCCCCACGUCUUCCUCCGCCGUGGCGUCUUCUUCGCCCACCGUGACUUCAACGAAAUCCUCGACGCCUAUGAAAAGGGUAAAAAAUUCUACCUUUACACCGGCCGCGGUCCUUCCUCUGAAGCAUUGCAUCUAGGGCAUCUCGUUCCGUUUAUGUUCACUAAGUAUUUGCAAGAUGUGUUUAGGGUUCCGCUUGUGAUACAGUUGACUGAUGAUGAGAAAUGUAUGUGGAAGAAUUUAACCGUGGAGGAAAGUCAGAGGCUUGCACGUGAGAAUGCUAAGGAUAUUAUUGCUUGUGGGUUUGAUAUCACGCGGACUUUUAUUUUCUCGGAUUUCGAUUAUGUUGGUGGUGCAUUCUACAAGAACAUGGUGAAGGUUGCAAAGUGUGUCACAUUGAAUAAGGUCCAGGGUAUUUUUGGUUUCUCGGGUGAAGAUCAUAUUGGGAAAAUCAGUUUUCCGCCCGUGCAGGCAGUUCCAUCAUUUCCCAGUUCAUUCCCACACCUUUUCUCGGGAAAAGAUGACCUCCGUUGCCUAAUACCUUGUGCAAUUGAUCAGGAUCCAUAUUUCAGAAUGACGCGGGAUGCUGCUCCUCGGAUAGGAUAUCACAAACCUUCAUUGAUUGAGUCAACAUUCUUCCCUGCGCUGCAGGGGGAGACAGGAAAAAUGUCUGCUAGUGAUCCAAAUUCUGCCAUCUAUGUGACUGAUUCAGCUAAAGUCAUUAAGAGUAAGAUCAACAAGUAUGCGUUCUCUGGUGGGCAAGAUUCUGUAGAGAAACACAGACAACUUGGAGCAAAUCUUGAGGUAGAUAUUUCAGUCAAAUACCUGAACUUUUUCCUUGAUGAUGAUGCUGAGCUUGAACACAUUAAGAAGGAGUAUGCUGCAGGACGUAUGCUAACAGGAGAAGUGAAGGGCCGCCUUGGCUCGGUUUUGUCUGAGAUAGUAGAAAGACAUCGUGCAGCUCGAGCCAGUGUGACUGACGAAGUUGUGGAUGCUUUUAUGGCUGCACGGCCCCUUCCCAAUAUGUUUGACUGAAUGCCAAACAAUGCUGGUUUUCAUCAAGCUUCAGUCGAAGAAUCCACCGUUGCUUUUAUUUUUCAGGCAAGGCUGCAGAGUGGUCACGACAAAAAUGGCCUCCUGAAUAUACUAGACGAUGUGCAAACAUCGGUUGCCUUUGUUAGACAAUUUCAUUUUUUCGACCCAACUCUAAAAAUGAAAACAGGUGUUUAGUUUUAUUUCUUAUAUUUAACUACACGGGAAAGUUUCCUUUGUAUGAAAAACAUUUUUGUUUGAAAGGAUAGAUGCAAAGAACUGGUCUUCUUUUCCUGA